GGCCAAGUUACAUAGGGGACACCUUGCCACUCAGUCGGUGUGGGUGAAGCAGAAGCUGUGAGCGCGCAUAAUCCCUCGUGUCUCCUGUCACAGUUUAACUAAAAAACAACAAAAUGUGUGACGACGACGCUGCUGCGCUGGUCUGUGACAACGGCUCCGGCCUCUGUAAGGCUGGCUUCGCCGGUGAUGACGCUCCCCGCGCCGUAUUCCCCUCCAUCGUCGGCCGUCCUCGUCACCAGGGUGUGAUGGUCGGUAUGGGUCAGAAGGACGCCUACGUCGGUGACGAGGCCCAGAGCAAACGAGGUAUACUGACUCUCAAGUACCCCAUCGAGCACGGCAUCAUCACCAACUGGGACGACAUGGAGAAGAUCUGGCAUCACACCUUCUACAACGAACUGCGUGUUGCCCCUGAGGAGUCCCCCGUCCUCCUCACUGAGGCUCCCCUCAACCCCAAGGCCAACCGUGAGAAGAUGACCCAGAUCAUGUUCGAAACUUUCAGCUGCCCAGCCAUGUACGUGGCCAUCCAGGCCGUGCUGUCCCUGUACGCCUCUGGUCGUACCACAGGUAUCGUGCUGGACUCUGGUGAUGGCGUGUCUCACACUGUCCCCAUCUACGAAGGUUAUGCUCUUCCUCACGCCAUCAUGCGUCUUGACCUGGCUGGUCGUGACUUGACAAACUAUCUGAUGAAGAUUAUGACUGAGCGUGGCUACUCCUUCACCACUACGGCUGAGCGUGAAAUCGUCCGUGACGUCAAAGAGAAACUUUGCUAUGUCGCUCUUGACUUUGAGAAUGAAAUGGCCCAGGCAGCUGCGUCCGCUUCUCUCGACAAGUCCUACGAACUUCCCGACGGUCAGGUCAUCACCAUCGGCAACGAAAGAUUCCGUGCUCCUGAGGCAAUGUUCCAGCCCUCCUUCCUGGGUAUGGAAUCCUGUGGAGUUCAUGAAACUGUUUAUCACUCCAUCAUGAAGUGUGACGUUGACAUCAGGAAAGACCUUUACGCCAACAACGUCAUGUCUGGUGGUACCACCAUGUACCCUGGUAUUGCUGACCGCAUGCAGAAGGAAAUCACUAAUCUGGCUCCCUCCACCAUCAAGAUCAAGAUCAUUGCUCCUCCCGAGCGUAAGUACUCCGUCUGGAUAGGUGGCUCCAUCCUGGCCUCUCUGUCCACCUUCCAGGCCAUGUGGAUCACCAAGGAGGAGUACGACGAGUCCGGCCCCGGCAUUGUCCACCGCAAGUGCUUCUCCAUCAUGUGUGACGACGACGCAACAGCGCUGGUCUGCGACAACGGUUCCGGCCUCUGUAAGGCUGGCUUCGCCGGCGACGACGCUCCCCGCGCCGUAUUCCCCUCUAUCGUCGGCCGUCCUCGUCACCAGGGUGUGAUGGUCGGUAUGGGUCAGAAGGACGCCUACGUCGGUGACGAGGCCCAGAGCAAACGAGGUAUCCUGACUCUCAAGUACCCCAUCGAGCACGGCAUCAUCACCAACUGGGACGACAUGGAGAAGAUCUGGCAUCACACUUUCUACAACGAACUGCGAGUUGCCCCUGAGGAGUCCCCCGUCCUCCUCACUGAGGCUCCCCUCAACCCCAAGGCCAACCGUGAGAAGAUGACCCAGAUCAUGUUCGAAACGUUCAGCUGCCCUGCCAUGUACGUGGCCAUCCAGGCCGUGCUGUCCCUGUACGCCUCUGGUCGUACCACAGGUAUCGUGCUGGACUCUGGUGAUGGUGUGACUCACACUGUCCCCAUCUACGAAGGUUAUGCUCUUCCUCACGCCAUCAUGCGUCUUGACCUGGCUGGUCGUGAUCUCACCAAUUACCUUAUGAAGGUCUUGACAGAACGUGGCUACUCCUUCACCACCACAGCUGAGCGUGAGAUUGUCCGUGACAUCAAGGAGAAGCUUUGCUAUGUCGCUCUUGAUUUUGAGAAUGAAAUGGCCCAGGCAGCUGCCACAGCAUCUCUAGAGAAAUCCUACGAGCUUCCCGAUGGUCAGGUCAUCACAAUCGGCAAUGAACGUUUCCGAGCACCCGAAGCCUUGUUCCAGCCCUCCUUCCUUGGUAUGGAAUCCAGUGGUGUUCAUGAAACCGUAUAUCAGUCCAUCAUGAAGUGUGAUGUUGACAUCAGGAAAGACCUUUAUGCCAACACCGUCAUGUCUGGUGGUACCACCAUGUACCCUGGUAUUGCUGACCGCAUGCAGAAGGAAAUCACUACAUUGGCUCCCUCCACCAUCAAGAUCAAGAUCAUUGCUCCUCCCGAGCGUAAGUACUCCGUCUGGAUCGGUGGCUCCAUCCUGGCCUCUCUGUCCACCUUCCAGACCAUGUGGAUCACCAAGGAGGAGUACGACGAGUCCGGCCCCGGCAUUGUCCACCGCAAGUGCUUCUAAAUUGCAAAUCUAUUUUACUUAAAGAUAAAUCAGAGGCUCUUGUACUGUUUUCAUAUCAAUCACGAUGCAAUUCAUUAUUGCCUCUUAAUAUUACAAAUGAGGAAAAUAUCACAUAUAUUUUCAUCUACAUAUUUUCACAUCUAAUAAUCAGUCAAUAUCUCCUCAUGCACCCAUGAAUUAAUGUUCAUACAAAUCUAAUAACUAAUAACUGAAACAAAAUUACUUGUGUCGAGAAGUCAAUAAAUUCACUACACCUCGAAACUGGUGAGAAUGAGUGACUGUCAUAUGUGAAACUUGUGUUUGAAGUUACUGUAGGUGGUGAAGAUCCCUUUCUCUUUGUGUUUCAUUUUAUAUUUAAAUAAAUAUGAAAUAUAAAAUGUUAAAUAAAUGUAACAAAAUGGAA